AUGAUCCAAAUUAAAGAAGCUCAAUUAUUACGAGCUGAAUUAGAAACAUGUCGACAUCGUUUAUUGGAAAGUAUACCAGGACAUAUAAAAUGUGAUAUAACUCAUAAUAUAAUUGAUAAAUUAGGAAGAGAUUUUGUGAAUGAUAAUCAAUUGACAACAAAAACAUCUAACAAUAUAACAAGUACUACUGAUAAAACUAAUUAUAAUCAGAAUAUAACACAAUUGAAAUUAACAUAA